AUGUAUAAGCUGGUCUCCUGCUGUUUGCUUUUCAUAGGAUGCUUAAAUCCUCUCUGGUCUCUUCCUGUCCUUGACUCCAGGGAAGAGCCCCUGCAGCUCUCAGCACCUGAAGAUGUCGAAUCAACUUUGGAUGAGCUGGAAAGAGCUUCCCUUCUGCAGAUGCUGCCAGAGAUGUCAGGUGCAGAGACAGGAGAUGGUCUUAGGAAAGCAGAUCUCGGUACCAACAUUUUUUACCCAAGAGGAAGUGUGAGAAAAUUUCAGGCUUUCUCAGGACAAGAUCCUAACAUUUUACUGAGUCACCUUUUAGCCAGAAUCAGGAAGCCAUACAAGAAACGUGGAACUCCCUCUGAAUGCUUCUGGAAGUACUGUGUCUGAAGUGACAUGAACAUCUACUAGGCAACUCAAAACCAACCAUCUUAGAAAAAGUCAAAUAAAAACGCUUGAUCUGAAAGCAGUAUAGAUGAAAAACUAGGCAAGCUAUACCCUGUUCAUUAUUAUUUGGAAAAUAA